UUUGGCGUUACGUUUUAUUUGCUAUUUAAUCCAAUUUUUUUCUCUAAUUCGUUUUCUCUUUGUUGAAAUUUUGUCAGCAUUUUCUGAUUUUUUAACAAUUUUAACAUUAAGCUUAAAUUCAACAAUCUUAAAGAACCUAAUUUUUAUAUUAUUUUAUUAUUCUCUCUAUUUGGUAAUAAGACUGAUUACCGAGAAUUUAAUUGUGCUGAAUAACGAAUAUUUUCUGAAUAUUUUCCAUGAACUGAUAAACUUUGAUAACAAUUAAUUUUGACUUUAUUUUUCAGAAUUUUUUAAUAUUAAAUAUGGGACCACCAACAAAUUCAAAUUCUUGCGAAACAAUGAUUGCACAACCAAUUCAACCUUACAAAACAAAUGAAGCCAGUACUCUUCGUCAGUAUUAUACUUCAAAGAUUCAGGAAGCAAAGCAGCAACUUACUGAAAAAAUGCAAAAUGUUCGGAGACUUCAGGCUCAGCGGAAUGAAAUGAAUAAUAAGGUUAGAAUGUUAAAGGAAGAAUUAUCAAAACUUAAUGAACAAGGCUCAAAUGUUGGAGAGGUUGUGAAGGUUAUGGAUAAAAAGAAAGUUCUUUCGAAGGUUCAUCCCGAAGGGAAAUAUGUUGUUGAUAUUGACUCUUCAGUUGACCUAGUUAAGUUGACUGCUGGUUGCAGAGUUGCUCUACGGGCUGAUAGUUAUGCUUUACACAUGGUUUUACCAAAUAAGGUUGAUCCACUUGUUAGUUUAAUGAUGGUUGAGAAAGUACCGGAUUCAACUUAUGAAAUGAUUGGCGGGUUGGAUAGUCAAAUUAAGGAGAUGAAAGAAGUUAUUGAGUUGCCAGUUAAGCAUCCAGAAUUAUUUGAAGCAUUAGGAAUUGCACAACCUAAGGGCGUUUUGCUUUAUGGUCUUCCUGGUACCGGCAAAACUCUUUUGGCUCGUGCUGUCGCGCAUCACACUGAAUGUACUUUUAUAAGAGUUUCUGGCUCUGAACUCGUUCAAAAAUUUAUUGGUGAAGGUGCACGUAUGGUUAGAGAACUUUUUGUGAUGGCUCGUGAACAUGCACCUUCUAUCAUUUUUAUGGAUGAAAUUGACUCAAUUGGAUCAUCAAGAGUUGAGGGCAGUCAUGGAGGUGAUUCUGAAGUUCAGCGAACAAUGCUUGAAUUACUUAAUCAAUUGGAUGGGUUUGAAGCGACAAAAAAUAUUAAAGUAAUUAUGGCUACAAAUCGAAUUGAUAUUUUGGAUCCAGCAUUGCUUCGACCUGGUCGAAUUGACAGAAAAAUUGAGUUUCCGGCACCUGACGUGAAGGCACGUUUGGACAUUUUGAAAAUCCAUUCUCGUAAAAUGAAUUUGAUGCGUGGCAUAAAUUUAAGUAAAAUUGCUGAGUCUAUUAAAGGAGCUUCUGGGGCAGAGGCUAAGGCUGUUUGUACUGAAGCAGGAAUGUUUGCACUUCGAGAACGUCGGAUACACGUUACACAAGAAGACUUUGAAAUGGCAGUUGGUAAAGUAAUGGCAAAAGACCAGGAAAAGAAUAUGUCGUUAAAGAAAUUAUUUAAAUAAAUUAAAAAUUGUGUGAAAUUUUUUUGUUUUAUUUUUAAGAGAAAAUUCAGACAAUGAAAAAAAGUAAAAAAAAUAAUUGUC